GGCGGCGAUGGCCUCCUGAGCGGGCCCGAGCGCGGGCGGGCGCCGCGGCCCAGGCCCGGGGCGGCGGGCGGAGGCCGGGUCGUGGCCUCUUUGUCUCCAGCGCGGCGGGCGCGUCCGCGGGGCUCGGGGCGGAAGUCCCGACGCGCUCCCGGGGCCCCGGGACGCCGCAGCCGCGCCAUGAGCGACAUCCGCCACUCGCUGCUGCGCCGCGACGCGCUCAGCGCCGCCAAGGAGGUGCUGUACCACCUGGACAUCUACUUCAGCAGCCAGCUGCAGAGCGCGCCGCUGCCCAUCGUGGACAAGGGCCCCGUGGAGCUGCUCGAGGAGUUCGUGUUCCAGAGAUUGAAUUCACUUCAGGAGCUCCAACUUCUUGAAAUCAUGUGCAAUUAUUUCCAGGAGCAAACCAAGGACUCUGUACGGCAGAUUAUUUUCUCCUCCCUUUUCAGUCCCCAAGGGAACAAAGCCGAUGACAGCCGGAUGAACUUGUUGGGGAAACUGGUCUCCAUGGCGGUGGCAGUGUGCCGGAUCCCGGUGCUGGAGUGCGCGGCCUCCUGGCUCCAGCGGACGCCUGUGGUCUACUGUGUGAGGUUAGCCAGGGCCCUCGUGGAUGACUACUGCUGUCUGGUGCCGGGAUCCGUUCAGACGCUGAAGCAGAUAUUCAGUGCCAGCCCUCGCUUCUGCUGCCAGUUCAUUACUUCCGUCACUGCGCUCUACGACCUGUCGUCAGAUGAUCUCAUCCCACCGCUGGACUUGCUCGAAAUGAUUGUCAACUGGAUUUUUGAGGACCCACGGUUGAUUCUCAUCACUUUUUUAAAUACCCCAAUUGCAGCCAACCUCCCGAUAGGAUUUUUAGAGCUCACCCCGCUCACUGGAUUGAUCCGCUGGUGCGUGAAGGCCCCUCUGGCUUACAAAAGGAGGAAGAAGCCCCCGUUAUCCAACGGCCACGUCACCUCCAAAGUGAGCCAGGACUCGGGGGAGGCGGACAGAGACUCCCACCUCCUGUACUCGAAGCUGCAUCUCAGCGUCCUGCAGGUUCUCAUGAUGCUGCAGGUCCACCUGACCGAGAAGAACCUGUACGGCCGCCUGGGGCUGAUCCUGUUUGACCACAUGGUCCCGCUGGUGGAGGAGAUCAACAGACUGGCGGAUGAACUGAACCCCCUCAACGCCUCCCAGGAGAUCGAGCUCUCUCUGGACCGGCUGGCACAGGCUUUGCAGGUGGCCAUGGCCUCUGGGGCCUUACUGUGCACGAGAGAUGACCUGAGAACCUUGUGCUCCAGGCUGCCCCAUAAUAACCUGCUCCAGCUGGUGAUCUCGGGCCCAGUGCAGCAGUCGCCACACACAGCGCUCCCCCCUGGCUUCUACCCUCACAUCCACACGCCCCCGCUGGGCUACGGGGCCGUGCCGGCCCACCCGGCCGCCCACCCCGCCCUGCCCACACACCCCGGGCACACCUUCAUCUCAGGCGUGGCGUUUCCCUUCAGGCCCAUCCGCUAGGCCGGACCCCCGUGGCCCGCCAAGUGGCAGUGUGCCUUCUGCGCCCGGGUCGGAGGAAGCCUUCCAGGGAGAGGGUGGCCGACGCCAUAGAAGAGGAUCUCGGGGGGGCCGCCAGGCAGCCCCUCCGCACCGGCAGAACGGCUUGGUGCAGAAGUUCUGUGACGUCGUGGUCCAGGUACCUCCUACCUGGUCACAUUCGUCAAAGUCCAGAUUGGAUAGAUGAGAAGAAGAUUGUGCAGCUCUCUGCAGAGUGACGUGGGCGUCUUUAAAAGAUGCCAAUUCUGUGAGCCUGUCGGCUCGUGUGUCUUUUCGGACACGCUCUGAGCCUGUGCUGUCCGUAACGAGGAUGUGAGGAGCGGCAUCUGCAAGUCCAUUUGUCUGGCUUCCCUCCUUGUGGACGGGGUGUGUCCCUGCCAUGAACACAGGCUCCUUUGCCAGCUCCGUGAGCUCGAAGCUGGCAGGCUGUGACCGCAGGCUUACACGCGGCGCCUGGCACUGUUGAAGGAAACCUGUGAGGACUUGCCGUCGCCAAGGAAAGAACUUCUCUGUUUUAUUGGGGUCUCUCAAUUUACUUUUCAUAUGUUCAAAUAAAUUUUUUCUAAACAGUU